CAGUUUUGCCGUGACUGCAGGGAAGAGCUGGAUCGGGGCAAAGAUGAAGGAUGGGAGCGGGGCUGAACUCCAUGUCCUGAGGGAUUUGGUGCGGGGCGAGCCGAGAGGAAUCCAGAGCGACGCACCAGCCGGCAUCCCCCGCAUCCCGGCAGAGGAUCAGUAAGCCCCGCGGUCGCGCGUGGGGACGCGAAGGUGCUCGGCCCACGGGAAAGAAGUAGCCCUCAAGGUGCGUUUGCCCUUGCCUGUCCUUGUUGCUCCAUGGGAUUUCUUCUGCCCUCUGCAACUGACCUGAUGUGGACCGAAGCGUUUCUAACAUGAACUUUCUCCCUGGGAUCUGGUGGUCUCUUCCCUUGGUCUUGGUCUGGGCGACCCCACCAGUCACCUCCUCAUGGUGGUACAUGGGCGCCGUGGGCUCGUCGCGGGUGAUGUGCGACAACGUGCCGGGCCUGGUGAGCCGGCAGCGGCAGCUGUGCCGGCGGCACCCCGAGGCCAUGCUCUCCAUCGGCCGCGGCGUGGCCGCCUGGACGGCCGAGUGCCAGCACCAGUUCCGCCGGCACCGCUGGGACUGCAACGCCCUGGAGCGGGGGCAGCGCCUCCUCGGCCGCGUCCUGCUGCGCAGUAGUCGAGAAUCUGCUUUUGUACAUGCCAUCUCCUCUGCUGGAGUUGUUUUUGCCAUCACCAGGGCAUGUAGCCAAGGGGAGCUGAAAUCCUGCUCCUGUGAUCCUAAGAAGAAAGGCUCUGCCAAGGACAGCAAGGGCCAUUUUGACUGGGGUGGCUGCAGUGACAACAUUGACUAUGGCAUUAAAUUUGCCAGGGCCUUUGUGGAUGCCAAAGAACGGAAAGGAAAAGAUGCCAGGGCACUGAUGAACCUCCACAACAACAGAGCUGGAAGGAAGGCCGUGAAGAGGUUUUUGAAACAGGAGUGCAAAUGUCAUGGUGUGAGUGGAUCAUGCACUCUAAGGACCUGCUGGCUGGCCAUGGCAGACUUUAGAAAAACAGGAGAUUAUCUGUGGAAGAAAUACAAUGGAGCAAUUCAGGUGGUCAUGAAUCAAGAUGGCACGGGUUUCACUGUGGCUAAUAAGAAAUUUAAGAAGCCAACUAAGAAUGACCUGGUAUACUUUGAGAGCUCUCCAGACUACUGUAUCAGAGACAGGGAUGUAGGGUCCCUUGGGACAGCUGGCCGGGUGUGCAACCAGACGUCCCGUGGCAUGGACAGCUGUGAAGUGAUGUGCUGUGGGAGAGGCUACGACACCUCCCGCGUCAGCAGGAUGACAAAAUGCGAGUGCAAGUUCCACUGGUGCUGCGCUGUGCGCUGCCAGGACUGCCUGGAGGUAGUGGACAUCCACACGUGCAAGGCGCCAAAGAGCGCUGCCUGGAUCUCCCGGACAUGACCCGCACGCCACGGAUGCUGAGGAGCACAGCCUUUGCCCUUCCUGGCCCGUGCAGGGAAUGCAUCAGAGGACUGUUUUACUUUUAUGCCUGUUCUGCCUUUGUUGUUCAUUGCACAGGAGCUGCUGAAAAAUUGAUACAAACCCUGCAGCAUUUACUUUGCAUUUCUGCAUGAUAGUGUUGCUGCAGAGUUGUCUCCGCGUAAACUGAUGCAGCUCUGGAAGGAUAUACUUAUGCCAAGACUCUUCCAACACCAUGUAUCUCCUCCAGAAUCCUUGUGGCAAUUCAUUCCUGCCAUCAGGAACACAAGGAGAUACAAAAUAUGGCACUUUUACAAGAUCACCACCACCAACCCCAGGGGCUGGGCUUGCUCAAGCAUCUUCUGAAGGAUCUUGGGCAGGUCACAGUUGAGCCCUGGACACCAAAUGGCUCAGGAGUUUGAGCACUGGUUGAUUUCCCCAUGAAAGAAAAUUUGUGGCCAGAUUGGUGAAGAACUUUAGUGGAAGGGUGUUCAUCCCUGGUGGACUGGAGUUUCCAGUAAGGUGGCCACCUGAGGCCACCCUGGCCACCAUUAGCACACUGUGGUUUCCUGUGGGGCAGGAAUUGGCCCGUGGCCUAAACCAAAGGAAAUUGCAGGAAAUUUCAGCGACAACACUUUGAUGAACUAUUAGAGUCAAAGCAAAUAUCUUAGUUAUAUGUUUGUGAAAACUUGCCUUAAAAGCUUUUAAAAAGUAAUAUUAACUGCUGAGGAUUUUUUUCCUGACCUGAUGAAGGAUUGAAGAGAAUGGUUUUUCACCCUAGUGGAAGCUGGGUACAGGACACUCAACUACCUAAGGAUAAGGUUUUCUCAUAGUGGAAAAAUGUUUAUGAACAAUGAUGGGUAAGAAAAUACCAUGCCUCAGCAAUGAUGUGGAUUCUAAAGAAGUUAUCAGCUUUGAUGUUCUUUUAAAGUUAAUAAAUCUAUUAAAUGUGCUCAAAAUUAUACUUCCCAUUCAGAUGGGGACAUACAGAUUAGAUAUUUUCUGCAUAUUUUCUGCAAAAGCACGUGCCUGUGAUUCAGUGUGUAUUGGCUUGUGACAGAGGCAGUUAAGGUUGUGCCAGGUCCGUAUGCUGGGCUGGGAUCAGCACAAAACUACAAGCUGCUGUAAAGAUGUGCAGGCUUGUGAGGCCCAGAAAUUGCAGCCUUGGGGGAGAGGAACUGGGUGAGAGAGGGAUCAGCUGCCUCUCCUCAGGGCAGAGAUCAGCAACAGGAACCAAGAGAAGAAUGGGUUCUGUGCCAGUAAGUAUAAUAAGGCUCUGAAAAAGCACCCAUGAAGAGUAGAGACAGGCAAGGUAAUGAAAAAAUAACGCAAGAAAAAGAGGCUGAAUGAGUGAUAAAACACAUUGUAGAGGAAGGUAAAAUUUCCAUAUGAAAAUGAAAUAGACUGGAAGAAACCUAGCAGGUACAAACGGUGCAGGAAAAAGUAAUAUCGAAGUAGCUGACCAAGGCAAUAAAGUGAAUACUCUGGGUGUAUUUUGGUUUUGGAACUUUCUUAGAAGACUGUUUAAAAAGAAGGGGGACUGGCAUUAAGUGGUGUUGAGGGAGUCAUUUACAUCUGCAAGGCUUUCAAAAAAUUUUGUAUCAUUAAUAUGGGUAAUUCAUCUCCAGAAGGCACAGCUGGUGUUAAAAGAUUAGGAGGCUCCAGAAAGUUCUUUAUUUGGACAAUAAGAUAAUGUUUCAGUUACUGUAUAUGAAAUGAUCAUGGCCAGAGGUAACAAUAAUCCCAAUCCUGUCUAUAAACCAACUGCUGGUGGGACCAGCCCUGCCCACAUGUCUAUGCAAGUGCAGUGUGUGUAUAACGUGUAUGUAAGUACCCAUGGGCAGCUCAAGGGUUAUACUGCUGGCCUCUUCCUUGCUGCCAAUUCUGGCUCUGGGCUGGAUAAGGAAAAUUUCAUACUUAAUUGUAUUUAAAGGUGAGCUCCAAGGAGAAUUUUUAUUGGGAUUUCACUGUGAAAUUAAAUCCACAUGUAGUUCAUAGCCCCAGCAAUAUCAUACUUUAAGCCUUAAAGAAUUUAAAAGCAGUAUAAUAAAUUUUAACCUUUUAGAGCUAUUUUUUUUUUUAAGAUUUAAGGAGUCUGAGUAGUCUAAAAGAUUACUGAUUUAAUACAGCAGAAAAUAUUUCAAUGUUCUGGAAAAAAGAAAAAAGGCUCAUUCUUACAAGAGAACUUGUUCUAGGUAGUUGAAUGAAGGGUAAUGAAAUUAGAUCUCUUCUUAAAUCUGUUACUUGUUUAAUAUUUCAGAAAAUCAACUCACCUGAAUUCCACAGUCCCAGAUAAAGUGUUUUGGAGUCACUGUAUUAAAAGCAUAUUAACUUUUAUUCCCCAACCUGGUCCUCCUCCACUAAGGCACACCGUCCUGUUCCAAACCCUCCUCUGGGUCAGAGGCCUGUGGUUCCUGAAGGCUGGUCUGACCAGUAAGAGGGGGACACUGAGUCCCUUCUCAGUGUCCUUUGUCACCCUGGCCAGCAGCAAGCCCACCCAGGAGUGCACAGCUGGCGGAUGUUCCCAUUUCAGGCAUGUGCCAGAUCAAUAAGCUGUGCUGGUCAAAACCACUUCACCAGAGGAAACCCAGAAUAUUUCACAGCCUAACAACUGGGUAAGUGCUGAGCUGGCUGCUUACUUGGUACUUUUUUCUGUAUUUAUGUUUUUGGGUUUUUUUUUUUAAGAGCUCAAGGUAGACUUACAGUUUUAAGAUUUCUGCUGCCUCUUCCACAAAGAAAUGCACUCCCAGAAACGUUUGCUAUUUCUUAGUGGCAAAAGACACUCAGAGACAUCAAUGCUGCUAGGAAAGGCCCCUCUGUGAUCUUCAGCAAAUCCAACAAAGAAUAUGAGGGGAAAAAAAAGAGGAAACAAAAAAAGAAGAAACAGAAAUAGGCAUGGUAAAUGAAAUAAUACUGCAGUUUUGUUCAAUGGAAUAAAUUCACUAAUGUAUUUAGUCAUGAAGAGGAAACAGCUGUCUCUAGGUAGACAUUUUAGUGUCAGAAUGAUGUUAGCUGAGGCUAAAGGUUAUAGGCUUAUUUUUUAAAAUACACAGUCCAAUUUUCUUGAGGGAGUUCCCUUUAAUUUGCUGCAUGAACUCAGGCUCUAGCAGUGCCCUGAAACGCCGUUAGCCUGCCAAGCUUUUUGGGAUUGCUUCCUCCUCAGUAUUUUCAGCAAACUUUACCCUAAAAAUUGUGUUGCACUGUUAUAGGUGAAAUCUCGUAAAAAAUAGUUUAAUUAUUUUUACCACAUGGAAAAUGAGGAAUGACUUAGGAAUGGCGGUAUAUAUUAGGGCAUGUGGGCAUUGAAGCUUGAGAGAUUGCUGCUUUUUCUUUUCCUGGAAAAGUAUCUAAAACCAAUCUGUGCAUCCCAU